ACCAAUCUGUUUUCAAGAGUCAAGCAUCACCUUUGCGCGUCCAGCCGUUACUUAGUAACGUAAAGGUUUGUUUUACCGCUAUGUGACUAGAGCUUGUUGGGUGACGGACGAACACUUGCGCUGCUGCUCACGUGAUGUACGGUGAUGUACGCUGGUUCAUCUGGCCGAUUGCGACUGUAGUCUAGAGUCUCGCGUCUGCAUCCGUACCUCCCCUCCUCUCGUUGACAUGCACUCUUUGUAUCGUCCUCCGAGCCGUACGUCGCUGGAGAAAAGCUCUGCUCGACGAAUACACGUAAAUGUAGGAGAGAAUAAAGCGUACCCGAAGAGAGUGGAAAUGUGCGAGUACAGUGUAUUGAUAAUAAUUGCAGUAUAUUAAUUGAGUUCCUUUGCACUGUUUCUACAGCUUGUGUCCGGAGUUUGUGAUCAGUCAGAAAAUGAACAAUGUGCUACAUGUUUAUGGGCAAAAUCAGUCAACAAAAGGAAGAAAAACUAGACAUUUCUCGUGGCAAUAAUACAGUUUUAAAUUUAAAAGUUCUUUUAAUUGUAAUGUCACUUCAGGUUAAUAAAAUAUUACAAGAAUUACUGAGACUUACUGUUUGUAUCAUCGCUCUAUCUGACACUUUUCUCCCUGAUGAAUAAAGAGAGGCACGUCUCCGGUAUCUCAAGAUUUUAUUAUUGUGCAGAUAAUGAAGCGAACUGGCCACGUGCCUCAGGGAUUCCUGCUAAUCAUUCACCGGGUGUCUUUGCCCCGAAGAGCAGCUGAUGAGGCUGAUGUGCUAACCAGACGAAACCCCUGCUUUAGCCGGACCUUCACGUUCGCAGAAUUCAGGCAAGGAGCUUCUGGGAGGGGCUCCGAUACAGCGAGAUGGAGCAAGUUGAGAGAAGCCAGAGGGCGGAAAAUAGGAGCACGGGGAACCCUGGCGACUCCGAGGAGAAGCACCUCACUACCUGCCUGGUCACAGCCGCACUGUUUGGGUGUCUCGGCUCCUCCUACCUGUACGGCUACAGCCUGUCCGUGGUGAACGCCCCCGCUGUGUACAUCAAGGCAUUCUACAACCAGACGUGGAUGGAGCGCUACGGGGAGCCAGCAGGGCUGGAGGUACUGACCCUCCUCUGGUCCAUCACUGUCUCCAUAUUCGCCAUCGGUGGGCUUGUCGGUGCUCUGGGGGUCUCCUUGCUCAUCAAGAUCCUUGGGAGGAAGGGCACGUUGCUGCUAAACAACAGCUUUGCCAUCCUGGCCGCUCUCCUCUUGGCCCUGGGGGAAAGAGCGCAGGCUUUCGAGAUGCUCAUUGUGGGCCGCUUCCUCAUCGGUGUCGACUCGGGCAUUGGCCUCAGCGCCCUCCCCAUGUACCUGGGCGAGAUCUCGCCUCGACACAUUCGCGGUUCUAUCGGCCAGUUCAACUCCAUCUUCAUGUGUGCCGGUGUGUUCACAGGGCAAGUCCUUGGCCUGCCAGAGCUUCUGGGCCAGGAGUCUCGCUGGAACUUCCUCUUCGGAUUUGUGGCGCUGCCGGCCGUCCUGCAGCUGUGUGCGCUGCCCUUCCUUCCUGAGAGCCCGCGCUUCCUACUCAUGGAAAGGAGAGACGAGGCCCGUGCAGAGAAAGCGUUCCAGGCCUUCCUCGGGAAGAAGGAUGUGACCAAGGAGCUGGAAGAGGUUCACGCCGAGAGCCGGGCCCAGAACAACCUGCGCGUCGCAUCCGUUGCCGAGCUGCUCCGGAACCGUGCCGUGCGCUGGCAGCUCAUCACGGUCAUGGUGACCAUGGCCUGCUACCAGCUGUGCGGCUUGAACGCCAUCUGGUACUACACCAACGGGAUCCUGCGGGAGGCGGGCUUCGCCGAGAACCUCAUCCCUUACAUAACGCUGAGCACCGGGGGCCUGGAGACCCUUGCUGCCAUAUGCUCGGGCCUCGUGAUCGAGCGCAUCGGUCGCAGGCCCCUCCUCAUUUUCGGCUUUGGGGCCAUGGCCGUGUCCUUCUCCCUGCUCACCAUUUUCCUCAACUUUCAGGACAAGGUGGCGUGGAUGCCGUACCUCAGCUUUGCGUGCAUCCUGGCAGUCAUUGCCUCUUUCUGCACUGGUCCAGGUGGAAUACCCUUCAUCCUCACCGGAGAGCUCUUCGAGCAGUCUUACAGAGCUGCCGCCUUCACGGUUGCCGGGACGAUCAACUGGCUGUCUAACUUCGCAGUUGGCUUGCUCUUCCCCUUCAUUCAGGAAGCCCUGCAGACGUACACCUUCCUGGUGUUCAUGGUCUUCUGUCUUCUGGGGGCCACCUACCUCUACUUUGUCCUUCCUGAGACCAAAAACAAGACCUUUGUGGAGAUCAGCCAGAGCUUCACCAAGAUCAACAGGGUGUCCCACUCUGCUCCUGAGAAAGAGAUGGAGGUUGUGCUGUCAGUUAAGCCAGGAGCCAAGGAAAUGACCAAUGGAAACCCAAGCGGGGUCAUCGAGAUGGAGAGCUCUUUCUGAGCUCCUGAGAGCAGGGAUGUGGCCGGGACUGCGGUGCUCUACUCUCUUACUGUAUGCACGUACAUUGUAAUUGCACUAAUUAUGUUAUUUUUUUAAUUUGUCUGU